AUGAGAGCCUUCACCUCGUGCUUUCGGACCAUUUCUCUUGAGAUGUUCAAAUUUCCAGCAAUCUCUCCAAGUGAUCGGUCUCCUUUGCCAUCAAGUCCGUAUCGUUGUCUAAUCACCAAACUCUCCUUUGGUUUCAACGAGUCGAGCUGCAAAAAGGAGUUCAAUUUUUAUUCAUUAUGUGCUGUGAAAAAUGUUGGCUAUAAGAAGAUUUUGGUAAAGGAUGAAAAGAGGCAUAGAAUUCUUCAUGAUAGAAAUGCCACUCCGGACAGGAGCAAGUGGAACAGUAUUACCACAUCAUCCAAAGCAAGCCUGAGGAUUGCGGGAUGCCUUCUAUUAUUAGCCCCAUCGAUGCCAUCUACAUCGGUUAAACCGUUGAUAAACUCCUCGUUAGUCAACCAAUGCCGGGCGUUGAGAGACUGGGGUCUCUUUGCAAUUGGCCCAUACCUAAAAGAGCCGGAAGCUUACCGACUCGAGACCAAAGGAGACCUUAUUAAAGCUUGUGACCGUCAUGUAGCGGAUGAUCGCAUGCCUGAUCCAGAAGAGCCCGUAUGUAGACAGCCGAAACUUUCUCUUGGGCUCAAAACGGUCAAUUGCCAUUAUGAGACCCUUUACCCCGACUUGACAAAGGUCUUCGAAUCUCGGGCCAUUUGUGAAGUCCUGAAAGCUAAUGCACUAACCUUCAUAGGCUGCAUCAGCUUAAACAGGCAGGUGUGCUCAGACGAAGAAAGGACAGGUGGGAUCUUCAUCUUCUUCCAAUCUUUCACCUUCGUUCUUCGUUUUCAAAGCGAUUCUCUUCUCGAGACUCAGUCUUAUACCCUUCCUCUGACUCCUUACAUAACACUCUGCACUUCUUUUCCCUAUCUCUUCAUUUUCACGGCUCCUCUUCCUUCUUGGCUGCCUCCGUUUUACCCUUUGGGUUUCCAACACCUCAUCAGCAGCUUCACUGUAAUCCAAUUCCAACGUGCUCGGGCGAGCUCCGUCAAUCGCAAGGCCACGGGCUCCCGAGUCCCAACUAAGGCCUUGUUUUUACUUUUAUCGGAUUUGAAAGCCACUACCACCGGCCUUCUGGAUAGAGACACGCGGUUCAAGUACCUAGAGUUCAGUCCGACCGGCGAUCCUGUGGCAGAACUCGACACCGUCACAACUCCCAUGCCCGAGCCGUGUAAUCCGGUUAAUAUCUGA